CUCACCAUUGAAAUUCGUAAAUUCCCAGUUCUACUCGAAUCCCCCAUCUUCACACUUCUCCCUCUUCAUUUUUCUUUAUUAUUAUUAUUUUUUUGAACUAAUUGACAGCCAAUUAUGAAGCUGUAUAAAAUCAAGAGAGACGCCUCGUUUCUUACGCAGAAAAUUCAUAGUUCAAAUUCCCCUUUUUACAGAUCCCGACGUUUUUUUGUACAUUUCUUGUAAGCAAGAGAAUGAAAUGGGCAGUAAGGGAGAAGUUGGUUUCCAGUUUUUUAUAUAAAUUCCGCAGUUGAAAAAGAAUUGAACAGACAAAGGUUUGAGAAUCAAUGGCGAAAUCAGAGUCCUGCAUCGUCAUAUGCAUUUACUCUGCUUUGUUCUUCACGGCGCCGUUAUUCCACUGCGUCCUCGGCGGCAACGACGGCAUCGGCGUAACUUACGAUGGAAGAUCCUUGAUCGUCAAUGGCGAACACAAACUGCUCUUCUCUGGUUCGAUUCACUAUCCACGGAGCACUCCUGAUAUGUGGCCUUCUUUGAUAGCCAAAGCAAAGGAAGGUGGAAUAGACGUUAUACAAACCUACGUGUUCUGGAACCUUCACGAACCCCAACAAGGAACGUAUGAAUUUAGUGGAAGACGUGAUAUAGUACAAUUUGUUAAAGAAAUACAAGCUCAAGGACUAUAUGCUUGCCUUAGGAUUGGACCCUUCAUUGAGGCUGAAUGGAGUUAUGGAGGUCUACCAUUUUGGUUACAUGAUGUUCCUGGAAUUGUUUAUCGAUCUGACAACGAACCAUUUAAGCUUCACAUGCAAAACUUCACCACGAAGAUCGUGAACAUGAUGAAGUCGGAAGGCUUAUAUGCUUCACAAGGAGGACCAAUUAUACUUUCACAGAUUGAGAAUGAAUACACAUUGGUGGAGGCAGCCUUUGGUGAGAAAGGACCGCCUUAUGUUCAAUGGGCAGCAAAAAUGGCUGUUAGCCUUCAGACUGGUGUGCCAUGGAGCAUGUGCAAGCAAAACGAUGCACCUGACCCCGUGAUUAAUACGUGUAAUGGGAUGAGAUGUGGAGAAACAUUCACAGGACCAAAUUCACCCACUAAGCCAUCUAUUUGGACUGAGAAUUGGACUAGUUUUUAUCAAACAUAUGGUGAAGAACCGUAUAUAAGAUCAGCGGAGGAGAUUGCAUUUCAUGUUGCUCUUUUCAUUGCCGCAAAGAAUGGGACUUAUGUCAAUUAUUAUAUGUAUCAUGGAGGAACCAACUUUGGAAGAUCAGCCUCUGCAUUUAUGAUCACAGGUUACUAUGACCAAGGCCCCCUGGACGAAUAUGGUUUAACUAGGGAACCAAAAUGGGGUCAUCUUAAAGAAUUACAUGCUGCAGUUAAGCUAUGCUCCACGCCAUUGCUCACUGGAACAAAAUUUAAUUUCUCAUUGGGACAAUCACUAGAAGCCAUUGUGUUCAAAACGGAGUCCGAUGAAUGUGCUGCCUUCUUGGUGAAUAGGGGAGCUAUAGACACGGAUGUCCUCUUUCAGAAUGUUACUUAUGAGUUACCUCUUGGAUCCAUCAGCAUCUUACCAGAUUGUAAAAAUGUGGCCUUCAAUACUAGAAGAGUAAGUGUACAACGUAAUACGAGAUCAAUGAUGACAGUACAAAAGUUCGAUUCAUCUGAAGAAUGGGAAGAAUUCAAGGAACCAAUACCUAACUUUGAGGAUACCGAAUUAAGAGCAAACAAAUUAUUAGAGCAUAUGGGUACAACAAAAGACAGAUCAGACUAUCUUUGGUACACUUUUAGGGUUCAACAAGAUUCACCUGACUCUCAACAAACAUUUGAAGUGGAUUCUCGAGCUCAUGCCUUGCAUGCAUUUGUCAAUGGGGAUUAUGCAGGCUCUGCGCAUGGAACUUACAAAGAAAAAGGUUUCUCUCUUGUGAAUACUAUUACAUUGAGAAAUGGCAUCAACAAUAUCUCAUUGCUCAGUGUAAUGGUUGGGUUACCGGACUCUGGAGCAUUUCUUGAGACCAGAGUUGCUGGACUGCGAAGAGUGGGAAUUCAAGGCGUGGAUUUCUCAGAACAACCAUGGGGAUACAAGGUUGGCCUAUCAGGAGAGCAAUCGCAAAUAUUUUUAGACACUGGGUCAAGCAAUGUUCAGUGGAGCAGGUUAGGAAACUCUUCUCAGCCGCUCACAUGGUACAAGGUACUACCAAUAAUCAAUAGCAACUAUCUUGAAUUCAAAUGUUCACGAACUGACCUUUGUUAUUGUCAUUCAUUGCUAAUCGGGCAGACUCGGUUUGAUGCACCUCCUGGUGAUGAUCCAAUUGCACUGAACCUUGGUUCCAUGGGGAAGGGUGCAGCUUGGGUUAACGGCCGGGGCAUUGGCCGGUACUGGGUCUCCUUCCUUACCCCAAAAGGGGAGCCUUCACAGAAAUGGUAUAAUGUACCGCGUUCCUUCCUCAAGCCAACUGACAACCAGUUGGUUAUUCUCGAAGAAGAAACAGGAAACCCAGUUGAGAUAUCUUUGGAUUCCGUUUUGAUUACCAAAACAUGUGGGCAAGUGUCUGAAUCACAUUAUCCUUUAGUAGCUUCGUGGAUGGGUGCAAAGAAACAAAAGGUAAGAAGUGCGAAGAACAGAACCAGAAGGCCUAAGGUCCAAUUAAGCUGCCCUAGUAAAAAGAAAAUCUCCAACAUCUUAUUUGCAAGCUUUGGUACCCCAUCUGGUGAUUGUCAAAGCUAUGCUAUUGGAAUGUGUCACUCGCCAAACUCCAGACCCAUUGUAGAACAUGCGUGUCUGGGGAGGGUCAAAUGCUCAAUUCCAAUCUCAAGUCUGAACUUUCAAGGCGAUCCAUGUCCACACGUCACGAAAACAUUGUUGGUCGAUGCACAAUGCACGUAAAUGAUUGAAUACGCCUAGCAUGAAGUACAUGGCAUGAUAAUUCACAGUACCUUUCAAUAUAUAAAUAGCUUUAGCAAUAAUCUUUUCUCCAUUACCACAGCUUAUUUCAUUCUUUUUGGAGUCCUAGAAA